ACACGCACCACACACACACAUACUGCUGCUGCUGUUGACGGAUCGCGAGUGGAUUGUGUCUGAAUAAUAAUAUUCCUGACCUACAUCUCACACAGGCCCGCACAUUUGCGCAAACAUUUUGGUCGAAACGGCGAGCUCGCGCAACGAAACGGCAGGCAGGAUGAGCAAAGUCCAGGGCGGCAUGAAAUGUGUCAAAUACCUGCUGUUCGUCUUCAACUUCAUAUUCUGGCUUUCGGGCUCUCUGGUGUUGGCUGUGGGAUUAUGGUUGAGGUUUGACCCAGACACAACCAGCCUCUUAUCCGAAAAUGACGCACCUGAAAACUUCUUCAUUGCGGUGUAUAUCCUGAUCGGAGCAGGUGGGAUCAUGAUGAUAGUGGGCUUUUUCGGCUGUUUUGGGGCCGUGAGGGAGUCACAGUGUCUUCUGGGAUCGUUCUUCGCUUGUCUUCUGUUGAUCUUUGGCGCAGAAGUCGCUGCUGGAGUCUUUGGCUUUCUCAAUAAAGAUCAGAUCAUUAAAGAGGUCCAAAACUACUAUGAAUCAGCUACAAAGAUGCCCAACGGAACUGUUAUUACCUCUGCGUUUCACUCUGUGCUGGAUUGCUGCGGGAGCGGGUCUUCUCCGAUUGAGACGUGCGAGGAUGAGAGUAAAGAUUGUGUUGAGACUAUAGAAGCUUUCUUCAAUGAAAAACUCUUCAUAAUUGGAUAUGUUGGCAUUGGCAUUGCUGGAGUUAUGGUGAUCGGCAUGAUCUUCAGCAUGGUCUUAUGCUGCGCCAUCAGAAACAGCAGAGAGGUCAUCUAGGCCCGUCUGGUUCCCCCGGCUCGCCCACUCGGACUGUUUCAGAGCCCAGUGACCUCAUCCGGAUCUCCCAUGAGGUCGUGCGGCGUUCAGCAUUCUGUCUCUGAUCCUUUCUGUCUUUCUGUUCCUGCACUGAAGAUCAGCUCCACUGCAUGGACGCCUACUGUAACCACAUUAACCAGUACUUUUAUUUCCUCUUCCAUUAUUUAUUACUGAAGCAGCACACGGGGAACGUUCUACACAGCACAGUACUUUUAUUUGAUUUAAUAUGAUCUCUCUUAAAGGGACAGUUCACCCAAAAUGGCUUCCAGUAUGUAGAUGACUUUUUAAAUGUAGAUUUUUAGUUCUUGAUUUGAGGUGAAAGAUCAAUUAUAUAGGCCAAACACAAUGACUGAUUAUGUUUAUUAGCAUUAAAGUGCCAUUUUAUGAAGAGGUUUUACCCUAAAAUCAUUUCUGUUCUACUAAAGAUAAACCAACAUCUUGGCUAGUCUGUGGAUAAUGAAGUAAACAGCAUUCUGUUUGGUUUUCUGGUCAAUUUUGGGGUGAAAUAUGCCUUUAAUAUAGAGAUUUUGUGUGUGUGUGUGUGUGUGUGUGUGUCUUAAAUUAGUUUUUUGGACUUUUACUCACUGAUGUAAAUACGCUUUUCACUGAUCACCUGCUUUUCCUCUUGUUUUAAUUAUUUAUUGUGUGAACUAGACCGUUUUCAGUGAUAUUAGAUGAUGGGUCAGAUGUUUAUUGUGUUUCGCUGGUUAUUAAUAAUUGGUUCUUGUAAUUUUGCCUCAUCAUAUAUAGAUACUGAAUGAAGCCAAAGAUUGAGUGUGAGAAAGAUGCCUCAAGUCAACAUGGACUCAGAGUAAAACACUUGCUUUUGUUCGUUUUGUGAACGUUUUUAAUCAGAACGAUGUUAUUUAGGAUGUUGCAGGUAUUUAAUAGGUGAUUGGUUAAUAUUAAUAAAGAAAAAUAUGGACUAUGAGACAUCUAAAUAGCGGUUUAAGACGCUGCCAAGAGUAAUUUGUUACAUUUAGUAAGGGGGACAUGAAAUAAAAAAAAAAACUAAUAUUGCUGUUUAUUUUUUAUUAAUACUGUGAUAUUUAUUGCGAUUACUCCAACUUCAAAAUAUGCUGGUCCAUCAAAAAAAAAAAAGCGUGACUCCUUUUGACUUUCAAGCAUCGCUCAUGUAAUGUUUUUGUUUGGUGUGCAACUCUGGGGCCUUGUUUAUAAAAGGUUGUGCAUAAACUGGCGUUCAUGUCCAAAGCCUUGGCUUGAGAACGGCCAGACGAGGCUCCUGGGUAAUGCAUGUUAUUUUCCACAAGUGGCUGAUUUUGCAUCUGUUAAAGUUGAAGCAGCAGUUUAUUAUUGGGAGAUCAAACAUAUCUUCUUUCCUUUUCUGUCUUUUGCUUCUGUGAGUUGAGUAAUAUUUGACCCACUAGUUGUCAUGUGCCUUUAUAACUGACGAAAACUCCAUUAUAAACAUGUUUGCAGUUUGGGUUACUCUACUUUUUUUUUUUUUACAGCGUUGCAUGUAAAUAGCUUUAAAAUGAGGAAAUAUGGUGAAAAGGUUGAAAACCUCGAACAAUAAAACAGCUCACACAAACACA